AUGGCGCCCACUGAUGUGCCCGCGCCAGACGCGAUAACUCACGACGAGUUUACAGCCCUCCUCGAUGAAUACCCAUCUCUGGUUGAAAAAAUCUCCCAGACAAAAGGAUCCAAACCCGGCCAGAAAACUCUGCAGCAGCUCGACCAGUACCGCUACGGCACGGCCAUCGCCAACUUUGCCGCUGGCGCAUUGCCCCCCAAGGAGAUGACGCUCGAGGACGUCAAGCUCCUCGUGGAGUGGAAGCUGCGCCACGGCAAGUUUCGUCCCAUGCUCAUGGGCCUCGCCUCAUCCAACAACGCCACCGCGGCGCGGCGCACCAUUGCCGCCAUCAUCAAAAACUACCGCAGCAGCAGCGCAGACGCGUCCUCUUCCUCUUCAUCUUCCUCUUCCUCCUCUCCCUCCGCCGCCGCCGUCGCCGCGGCGCUCACCGGCCUCUCCAAGCUCCGCGGCAUCGGCCCCGCUACAGCGUCGCUCUUGUUGAGCGUGCACGACCCAACGCGCGUCAUCUUCUUCUCGGACGAGGCGUUUUACUGGCUGUGCGGGGACGGCAAGGUGACGAAGCUAAAGUAUAGUAAUAGAGAGUACGAGAUGCUGCGCCAAAACAUGGAAUCGCUGGUCCAGAGGCUGCGCGUGAGCGCGACAGAUGUGGAAAAGGUGGCAUAUGUGCUGUUUAAGCGCAAUGGACCCGAGGGUGCCGAGUCGGAUGAAAAGGCAGAGGCAGAGCCAAACACUCCCAAGCCUGCCAAGGACAAGAAGAGUAAAAAGACGGCAGAGACCGAAACGAUGGCAAAGACGGCAAAAGUUACAGAAAAGAAGGUAAAAAAUAUCAGUAGUGUGAAAAAGGCGUCGACAAAGAGAAAGCAUACAAAAGGCAACGACGACGAGCAAGCAGCAGGCACAAGACAGUCAAAACGAGUCAAAAAGUAA